AUACAUUUCUAUCUGUUUUCAAAGGGGACAGAAAAGCAGUGCUGGAAAAUUAUGCCUUUCGUCUUCAAAUCUUUAUGUCAGAUAAAUAUAGAGCUGUGAGAUUCAGUUUCUGAUGAGCAAUAUAUGAAACUAUAAACGCUUCUAGCGACGAACCAGGGUCUCAACUGUCAGCUAUGAUGGGCUUCUUGGAAUCUUUGUGUUAGUAGAUCAUCCAUUCUCUGUUUGGAAAGGACUCUUUAAAACAGAAAAGCAUACACAUGAGCUAUUGGAGUGGAGAAGCACAAUACUGGUAGAAGCUGAUUCAGAAAGUGCAUCACAUACACUUGGAAUUAUGAAACCACUGGUGAUUAUCAAUACAAUGACAAGCACAUCAGCGAAGGAGAUACUUUUCAUAUGUAUUUUGCAACAGUGAGAGUUUUAUGGUGAGGAACAAGCACAGUUCAAGCUGGAUCCUACAGUUCUACAAGUGUUGGAGUUUUAACUACGGGGCUGUAGAGACAGCAUUUCCAAUGCUUACAAGGAACUGCUUAUCGCUGCUUCUUUGGUUCCUGUUUGAUGGAGGUCUCUUAACACCACUGCAUUCACAGCAACCACCACAAACCUCAGCAUUCAAGCAGAAGGAAAAUGUUAUUAUCACAAUGUCGGGUAGGAGAUCAGCUGCACAGAGAGUUAAACGUGGCUGGGUAUGGAAUCAGUUCUUUGUCCUUGAAGAAUAUAUGGGAUCUGAACCACAAUAUGUGGGAAAGCUCCACUCUGACUUGGACAAAGGGAUUGGAUCAGUGAAAUACACAUUAUUGGGUGAUGGAGCUGGCACAAUAUUUACAAUUGAUGACACUACAGGUGAUAUCCAUGCAAUUAAAAGUUUGGACAGAGAAGAAAAACCAUUCUAUACAUUACGUGCUCAAGCUGUGGAUAUUGUCACUGGAAAACCAGUGGAGCCAGAAUCGGAGUUCAUAGUAAAAGUUCAAGACAUUAAUGAUAAUGAGCCAAAGUUUUUAGAUGGCCCUUAUGUUGCCAGUGUUCCUGAAAUGUCUCCAGUUG